GUCCAUUUUUAAUAGACAUUUGGCUUGUUUCCAGUCUUUUGCUCUUACUGACUGAUGCAGUGAUUAAGCUUGAAUAUAUGUCAUUGAGCAUAUGUGCAUAUAUCUCUAUAGGAGAAGUUUCUAGAAAUAGGAUUGCUGGCUUAAAAAUAUGAGUUUAUAAUUUUUUUUUACUGAUAAUGCCAAAUUGCACCAAGGGUUAUACUAAUUUGCACUCCCACCAACAAGGUAUGAGUUUCCCACAGUCCUUCCAACAGAGUGAACACAUUUUUGGAUUUUGGCCCAUCUGAUUGAUAAAAAUUUUUGGACUUUAGUCCAUCCAAUGCAAGAAAAUAUUGUAGAUUUCUUUUUUUAAAACUUUUUUAAAAAUUAAUUAAUUAAUUAAUUGUAAUUUUGGCUGCGUUGAGUCUGUUGCUGCACGCGGGUUUUCUCUAGUUGUGGUGAGCGGGGGCUACUCUUUGUUGUGGUGCCCGGGCUUCUCAUUGCGGUGGCUUCUCCUGUUGCAGAGCAUGGGCUCUAGGCACAUAGGCUUCAGUAGUUGCAGCACGCAGGCUCAGUAGUUGUGGCUCACGGGCUGUAGAGCGCAGGCUCAGUAGUUGUGGCGCACGGGCCCAGGGCCCGAACCCGUGUCCCCUGCAUUGGCAGGUGGAUUCUCAACCACUGUGCCACCAGGGAAGCCCCGUAUAUUUCUUACUAUGGUUAAAGUUAAGCAACUUUUCGUAUGUUUAAGAGCCAUUUGUAUUUCCUUUUCUGUGAAAUUUGCCCAUUUUUUUCUUGGCUUAUAGGUCUUUUUCUCAUCAGUUUCUAGGAACUCUUAAUAUAUGGGGGAGAGUAGCACUUGCCUGUAUUUUAAAUUGAACAUAUAUAUUUUUUUCUGUUUGUCAUUUGGUUUUUUUCCUUUCUUCUUCUUGAUUUUCAUAUGGUUAAAUUUGUUAGUCUUCUCUUAUGUCUUAUGGAUUUUAAGUCAAAGUUAAAAAAGUUUUUCUACUCCAAGGUUAUAAAAGUGUUCUCCCUGUUGUCAUCUAGUACUUUCAUGGUUCUUUGAAAUUUUUACUUAAAUCUUUGAUAUGUUGGAGUUUAUCUUGGUUUUUAGUAUAAUUUUUGGAUCCAACUUGUUUUUUGCAGUUGACUAUCUAGUUGUACCAUACCAUUUACUCAGUAAUUGCUGGUAAUUCAGUGCCUACUGGUUUGAGUUGUCACCUUUAUCAUAUAUGAUAUGUCUUUAAAAAAUACAUAUAUACUUUAUAUAUGUAUAUUCUAAAAUGUCUUUAUCUUAGAAUGCUAGAAUAAAGUCUGAAUUUUUCUGUUGCAGACCUAGAGGGUUUAUUUCUUAUUGUGGUAAAAUAUACAUAAUGUAAAAUUUAACAUUUUAACCAUUUUUAAGUGUAAAGUUCAAUGGCAUUAAGUAUAUUUGCAUUUUUGUGCAACCGUCACCACCAGCUAUCUCUAGAACUUUUCAUCUUCCCACCAUAUGACUUGAAAUCAAACCUACUAUUCAUUUUAUGAUGCACCAUUCCUUUGUAAGGUGUGUGCUGUUUUCAGAGAUGUUAAAAUUUGGGAAAGUGUACAUCUUAGAAUUUAUGAAAUAUGGUACUAAAAUCCCCAAAGUUUUUGGUGUGUUUCUGGAUGUUCUGUUCUAUUCCAUUGGUUUGCCUCUUCAUGUGCUAGUGUCACACUGUUUUAAUUACUGAAUAUUUAGAAUAUCUUUUAAUACAUGAUAGAGCUAGUUUUCCCUCAUUGGCCUUCUUUUUCAAAAGACUUCUUUUUCCAGCUGUUUUUGUCAUCAGUCCAGAUAAACUAGGCAACUUCUCCUUGGCUCUUGUAGAUCUUUUCCUCCCUCUCUCUACCUCUAUUUCAAUUAAAUUAUAAACACUUGAAUAUAGAAGAUCUUCUUACGCCUGAAGGUCAGCUAGAAGUCUGGAUCAGGUCUUCCCUGGUGGCGCAGUGGUUGAGAGUCCGCCUGCCGAUGCAGGGGACGCGGGCCCGUGCCCGGUCCGGGAAGAUCCCACAUGCCGCUGAGCAGCUGGGCCCGUGAGCCAUGGCCGCUGAGCCUGCGCGUUCGGAGCCUGUGCUCCGCAACGGGAGAGGCCGCAACAGUGAGAGAACCCAUUGUAAGGGCGAGUAAAUCCUGUGGAAAAUGGCCUUCAGUGAUCUUACAUCGAGGACCGUGCGUCUUUAUGGUAAUUGGAUCAAAGAUGCUGAUCCAAGAGUUGAAGACUGGCUCCUCAUGUCCUCGCCUCUGCCACAAACUGUCAUCCUGGGACUCUAUGUCUAUUUUGUCACAUCCCUGGGACCAAAGCUCAUGGAGAAUCGAAAGCCCUUUGAACUCAAGAAAGCGAUGAUAACGUACAAUUUUUUCAUAGUACUCUUUUCUGUGUAUAUGUGUUAUGAGUUUGUGAUGUCUGGCUGGGGUACAGGUUAUUCCUUUCGAUGUGAAAUUGUUGACUAUUCACGCUCGCCUACAGCAUUGAGGAUGGCACGCACCUGCUGGCUUUAUUACUUCUCCAAAUUUAUUGAGCUCUUAGAUACUAUCUUUUUUGUUCUGCGUAAGAAAAAUAGUCAAGUGACUUUCCUGCAUGUCUUCCAUCAUACCAUCAUGCCAUGGACCUGGUGGUUUGGAGUCAAAUUUGCCGCAGGUGGUUUGGGAACAUUCCAUGCCUUUCUAAAUACAGCUGUACAUGUAGUCAUGUAUUCCUACUAUGGACUGUGUGCAUUGGGACCAGCCUACCAGAAGUAUUUGUGGUGGAAAAAGUAUUUGACAUCAUUACAGCUUGUCCAGUUCGUUAUUGUCACUAUACACAUAGGCCAGUUUUUUUUCAUGGAGGAUUGCAAGUACCAGUUUCCAGUCUUUCUGUACAUCAUUAUGAGUUACGGGUGCAUCUUUCUGCUGCUCUUUCUCCAUUUUUGGUACCGUGCUUACACCAAAGGUCAGAGGCUACCCAAAACAGUGAAAAAUGGAAUCUGCAAAAACAAAGAUCACUGAAAUUCAAGCACAGCAUAAAUCUAUGAAUAAGACUGAUAUCUUGUCUUCCUUGACAAUCAAGAGAUAUUUCCAUGUGCAGUGCAUUUUGUAUAUUUUUCAAAACUAAGAGCUUGUAUUUUUAUGAUAAGUUAUUGGGGUUUCUGAUAACAGUCUUCUGAUAAUUAGAGCCUAAAGCAGCCAGUUUUUCAGCUGCUUUUAAACCUAAUCUAAAGGUUUUAUUUAACACAUUUUGUUAGAUUGAAAGAAGGAUGUGAAACAGUAGAGUACUCUUCAAAGAAGUCCAGUAUAGAUGAAAAAUAUCGUUAGAUAUUUUGAGCACGGACAGAGAUCCAUGCCGUACAGUAGAUUCCUUCUGCCGGGUCUGGAAACCUUUAACUGUGGGCUCUGGCUUUGUUGCUUGUUGACUAUAUUCAGAAGACACUGUAUUUACUCUAAACUUAAAUUCCCAUUCUAAAGAGCUAAUAGGGUGAACGUUAAGUGUAUUUUUGAUCAGUUAUCAUUUAAAAUCACUAAUGGUAAUUUUUAAUGGAUCUUUUGAGUAGCCGGCACCAGUUUUGCUUGUAAGACUUCCUCACAACGCUUUUGUUGUGUAAACUGUUUAAAAGUGACAAUCCUUUAGGGUAAUACAUUGAUGCACUUGAAACUAAGGUUAAGUUAUUAUUUUGAAAACAAGGUGAUUUGUUCUGAUGGCUUAAUGAACACUUUGCUAUCACCGUUUUGCAAUGAACUUUGUAUAUUUCGGGAAAGAGGUGAAUUUAUCAAUGGAAAAAAUAGUUGUCUGUGGUGUUGUCAUGUCACUUUCUCAUAUCAUGGUUUAAAGGAUUAUCUUGGUUAAAUAUAUAUUGGUUAGAUGUGUAAAUGUUCAUAUCACUGGCACACACUAAAUGAUUUUAGACCACCCAGGGAUGGGUUAAGGGUGGCUUGUGAAGCACCUGGAAGCAAAUGGUGGCACAGAGAUUAUCCAGGCAAGAUGUGGUGACAAGGGUCUCUCUCAUAAUGAGAGAGCGCAAGAGAGAGACUGUAUAAUAGUUACUGUUAUAGAUUCACUGCAUGGAAAAAUAUUUUCCAGAAUUAUGAAUUAAUUAACAGCCUGGAAUUCUUUUUUUCAACCUUAUAAACUAUAUAAUGAGGGACUGAAAUUCAUUUUGCAUAGCUCUCAUUUCUUUAAAAUUGCUACUUUCUAAAAGUCAUAUUUUCUUGUUGGAGAACCCAACUACUGAUCAGUAGAGUUUUGCCCAAGAAACAGCAAUAUUUGGACAUUUCUGAAUUUUUCCACAGUGUUUUUUUUUCUUGUUCUAUUUUACUUGAUUUUGAAGGAUUGCUUAUGCUUGUAUGACUGUAAGCAAUUAGUACCCCAGUAAUUGUGUAACACACAGUGAUACUUAUUGUACAAUAAAGCCUGAGUUUUUACCAACUGUAAACUCCUAGAGUUAGGUGUCUCCCUCCUAAUCCAUUAAUCUGUACCAUGGCCUUUUCUCUUCACACUCAGCAAAUUAGUAAGGUUAUUUGCCUUUAGUGACUUCACUCGCUUACAAUAUGAGAAUUUGAGGGUUGAUAAAAGGGGAGAUUUCAUUUUUUUUUAAUAAAUAGUAAAGAACAGGAGAGCAAAGCUAAAAGAAACAGCAGCUCUAAUUUAUUUCUCUGUGAGAGUCUCAGGGUUCCUUAAGUGUUUUCCUGUUUUUCUCUUCAAAUCCAACCAGUGCUAAAAUGAGGAGGUACGGUAGAUGCUGUUACACAUACACGCAAUUCCCAAAGACCCCAGAAGGGUAAAGACCAAAAGGAAGCAAAACUAAAAGAAGAGAAAACAGGAGAGUUUGUUUCUUCUCUUGCAUACUUUCUGCCCUGCACUGUACAACCCCUCCUUGUCUCCGUGUAGUCUUUAAAAUGUUUGCUGUGCCUGUGAACUAACAGCAACAUGUGACAGAAUCACAUUCUACAUUAUAUGAAUAGGAGUGGAGAGCUAGAAUGUUACAUGAAAAGAAAUCACAGCUGGCAGAGGUAACCUCCAUAUGAACAGCAGCAGAUUAGAAUGGGUAUCACUGGAUGUAGGAUUGGAUGGGCAUCGUUUUAUUAAACAGCUCUGUGGGUCACAUAGAGUUUCUGCUGGAGUUUCAUCCCACUUUUCAGGACUUCCUUGCCUUUGGGUUUGCUUACCUAACAAAUAAAAAGGCCAAAAGGCCAGCUGCAAAAUUUGGCUAAUGACAUAAAGCUCUAUGAAUCCUUUAGAACCUAUAUCUGUAUGACAAAUAAAUGCAAAUGUAAAAUUUUAAAUAUCUGUGGGACAUUGCCAUUUUACAGUCUUAAUUGAGUAGAAUUCUUAACUGAGCAGACUACAUUGUUACAUAAAUUAUAAGAUUAUGAUGUUACAUUUCUUCAAUUAUCCCUUAUCUCUGUUAACUACUUUUAACGACUGUGGAAAACUCUGUGGAUACUGUCAAAGUUUGGGUUUGGUUUUUGGUGUGUGUAUUAUAAUAAAUGUGUGGUAUCACA